AUGAUCUCUCAUCUCAUCAUCUGCACGGUUUGUCUGCUCUGUACUGCAGGUGUGGGCUGUACUAAGGGAGUCCAACAGACUCCAGGUUUACUGGUGCAGAGGGGUCAGUCUGCUCAGAUGGACUGUAGUCACACCCUGCCGGGCGCCUUCUAUAACAUGUACUGGUUCCAGCAGUUACCAGGGCAGAGUAUGGAGCUCAUUGUCCACACGGUGCCAUACAAGAAGCCCGACUUUGGGAACUUUAGCCAGGACAAAUAUUCAGCCAGCAAGACGGCGAUUGAGAGUGGAUCUUUCACGGUGAAAAAUGUGAAACCAGAUGACAAUGGAGUGUAUCUCUGUGGUGUCAGUGCACACACAGCCUCCAACCCUGCUUACUUUGGUAGUGGCACCAAACUGACUGUCUUAGACUCAAACCGUACUAUCACCCCGCCAAAAGUGAGAGUGCUUCAGCCAAACGAGUGUCAAACCAAGAAAGACAACAAACACAAGAAGACCUUGGUGUGUGUGGCGUCCCAUUUCUACCCGGACCAUGUGAGUGUCUUCUGGCAGAUCAACGGGGUAAAUGUCACACGUGGCGUGGCGACCGACAAUGCUGCCCUGUGGGGAGGGGAACAUUACAGCAUCAGCAGCAGGCUGACGGUCCCGCUCAGUGAUUGGCUCACACCGAGCAAGACGUUCACCUGCACCGUCAGCUUCUUCAACGGGAAUGAUACUGUGCCCCGUUCCGAUUGGGUUCGAGGCGUUAAAGUACCAGCAGCACCAUCAAGAGGGAAGUAUUUGAGCAUCACGCACACUGCCAAGCUGUUCUACGCCACUUUGAUCGCCAAGAGCAGCGUCUUCGGAGUCUUCGUUGCGUUUCUGGUGUGGAGGCUUCAGGGCUCCUCUGGGAAAACAGAAGGACUGAGAGCUGAAGGACAGAAGGACUGAGAGCUGAGCUGCACAAACCAGCUGAUUCUCCUGAUUUUUUGUGAAUAAAGAUUCUGAAAUCUGAA